CAUUCUUCUUGAAUUUGAUUGAAAAUUUUUGCCAAUUUUAAAGCGAUUCCGACACCUUCACCGCUAGCAGAUAAAACUACGUACCUAUCUGAACAUUUACAUUUUAUCUAUUUUUUUAUAUAAUCGGAAUCUCUAUACCGGAAAUUCUGCCCAAAUUUAAUUUGUCCUGGAAGAGACACGAGGAUACGAAACGUGAUUAAUUCCAUAUUUUCAUAGUUCCAUUUCCCAUUUCCGUAGCAUUCGCGCAUUAAGUUUGAGGUUUAUUGAAUAUAGAAUAGACAUGUCAAUGUUAGAUUUAAAAAUAACGUGUUCAUAUAAAACUGUAAAUAUGGGACGUUCAUACAAAAAAUGUAAAGUACGUAGAGGCAUGUUAUUUUGCCAUUUGGUGCAAUCUCGUAAAAACAAUUUAUGAAGAAAAAUAAAAUAUCCAAAUAAAUGUGACAAAAUUGACAAAGUAUUGUUGAAGGUAUACGUAGUAAGUAUAAUUGAGUAAAUAUGAGCAUUAAAAAAUAAUAAAAAAUGAAAUUGCAGGACCGUAUGUUAAAUAAUACGCGUAGUGAAAAGGUUAAAAGACAACGAAAUAAUUCUAAAGUACCAUGUAGAAUAAUAUCAAUAGUAUCUUUGGAAACAGUUAAAAACCUAUGUGUUCCUAUAAUGGAAGAUUGGAAAGAGGAAAAUGUAGCAACCUAUGUCCCUUGGAAAAGCACUGAGGAUAGAAAUAUUAUACAAAGCUUAGUAGGAGGCACAAAAGCAGAAAGGAAGCAAUAUAGAUUAGCUGAACGACAAGGAAUCCAAAACCUUGAAAAAAGAGGUAUAUUGAAUUCAAACCAAAAAAUCAGCUUUAUAAAUAAAACAUCAAAGAAAGUUGUAGAUAUUACACAAGUUGUGUAUGAUUUGAAAAGAUUAUACCUAAAUAAUUUUAAAAAUAUUGAUAUUAAUACACUGGAGAAUAUUGAUAUUAACAAACUAUCUAUAAGCAACAUUGAUAAAAAGAACAUUUCUGUGGGAAAAGAUGAUAAAGCAGGAGUCAUAGAACAGGAAUUAGUACAAAAAUUCAAAAAAUUGAUGCUUUGUCACUUCACAAAAUAAAUUUUUUAAAACUGGCAAACUAAGAGAAUUUAAUUAAUAGUAUUAUUUACUUUUGUAAGUCACGUUUUCCUAAGACUUUUUAAGAUUAUAAAAUACUAUGAGAUAGGCAUAUAUUUUAUAUUGUUCUUUUAUUAUUUCAAUCAGGUUUAAGAAAGUGCAUAUUUCCUGAGACAUUCUUUAUAUAAAAAUUGCCUUAAUUAUAAAAUUUACAUUUACCAUAUUUGUAUAUUUUACUGUAUGUAUGAUACACAUAUGUACACUUUGGGGACUGAAAUAUGAUAUUGCAACAACUAAACAUUUGAUAUUGAUUUUGUAAUAAUACUGCAUAAUUAAAUGUGUAAUAAUAUGUUAAACAAUAAAAAGAACGAUAAUAAACUAUAAUAGUAUUAUUUAUGUUUACUUUA